GCUCUGUGAUUAACAGCAGCACACAGCCCGCUGUGUUCAGUAAUCCAAGAUGUCUGCGCCCUGAAGGAUGCUGCUAACGGCGUGAAGGUACAGGACGAGUGACAGUGCAUGGAUUCUCAGUUGACUUGAAGGCAGAUUUAAGGAUUUCCAGACAGACCAGGAUGUCAAAGAUCUCUAAGGCAGCCAAGGCUGUGAAGAAAUUGGAUGCAAGCAAUGUAAUCCGGGCCAUAGUGAGGUCAGGACAAGCAGCCCCUGGACCCCCACUAGGCCCCAUCCUGGGACAGAGAGGAAUCCCAAUUGGACAGUUCUGCAAGGACUUCAAUGAGAAAACCAAAGAGCUGAAGGAGGGCAUCCCUCUCCCAAUCAAGAUCCAUGUGAAGCCGGACAGAACCUAUGACCUGAAGAUCGGCCAGCCUACCGUGUCUUACUUCCUCAAGCAAGCAGCGGGCAUCGCGAAAGGCGCCGGGCAGACAGGCCACGAGACAGCGGGGAAGGUGUCUGUGAGGGCGGUGUAUGAGAUUGCCCAGGUGAAAGCCCAGGAUGAGUGCUUCAAAGUGAGGAACGCCUCGCUCGAAAACGUUGUCAAAAGCAUCAUCGGCUCGGCCCGUUCGCUGGGCAUCGAGGUUGUCAACGAUCUCUCAGCCGACGAGUACAGCGUCUUCUUGCAGCAGAGAGAGGAGAAGUUGAAAGCUGAUGCAGAAGCGGCAGCCGCAGCUGCUGCAGCUGAAGCUUUGUCGGGCAAAAAGAAAUGAAACCUGCGACAACAUUAACCCCCCGUUCCUCUUUUUAUUGACUCUACACAUGAACUGCGUUCAUACAAAAACACUGUUUUGUCUCCAUAUGUGUCUCCAAUCUUAAUAAACUCUUGUUCUCA